GCCCGCAGCGCCGGCAGGAGCGCAGCGCAGCGCAGCGAGGCGCACUCGGUGGGAGCGGCCCGCCAGUGGACGGGCCCGGCUGCUGGACCGGUGCCGCUGCUGUCCUGUUCGCUCUCCGCCGCCGCCCAUGAGCGCGGCGCCGCGCGGCCCGGGUCCGUAGGCGGCGGGGCGCCCCCCCCCCCCCAUGCUGCUGCAGCCCGCGCCGUGCGCCCCGAGCGCGGGCUUCCCGCGGCCCCCGGCCGCCUCCGGCGCCAUGCACGGCUCGCAGAAGGACACCACGUUCACCAAGAUCUUCGUGGGCGGCCUGCCCUACCACACCACCGACGCCUCGCUCAGGAAGUAUUUCGAGGGCUUCGGGGACAUCGAGGAGGCCGUGGUCAUCACCGACCGCCAGACGGGCAAGUCUCGCGGCUACGGCUUCGUGACCAUGGCCGACCGGGCGGCGGCAGAGAGAGCUUGCAAAGACCCGAACCCCAACAUCGAUGGCCGCAAGGCCAACGUGAACCUGGCAUAUCUGGGUGCCAAGCCGAGGAGCCUCCAGACGGGCUUUGCCAUUGGAGUACAGCAGCUGCACCCCACUUUGAUCCAACGGACUUACGGGCUGACCCCCCACUACAUCUAUCCACAAGCCAUCGUCCAGCCCAGCGUGGUGAUCCCGGCCGCCCCGGUCCCGUCGCUGUCCUCCCCCUACAUCGAAUACACGCCAGCCAGCCCGGCCUACGCCCAGUACCCGCCGGCCACUUUUGACCAGUACCCUUACGCCGCCUCGCCCGCCACGGCCGCCAGCUUCGUGGGCUACGGCUACCCGGCCGCCGUGCCUCAGGCCCUCUCGGCCGCCGCCCCCGCGGGCGCCACGUUCGUGCAGUACCAGCCUCCGCAGCUGCAGCCCGACAGGAUGCAGUGAGGGCCGUUCCCGCCCCUGGCGUCACGGCCCCAUCGGCCCCACGCCGGGCAAGCGGCCGGCCGGGCUUCGGGGUGCGCGCCCGCGCAUGUACCUCCGGAGACCCCGCGGGAGCCCCGCCUGACCCCGGACGGACCGGAGACCGCUUCUCUUGAAACCCAGGACCCGCCGCGUCUCGAGGGAGGACUUCGGAAAAAGGGACGGCCGCGCGCUCUUCGAAGACACAACCCAGACCUCGCACACACCGCCAGCCUUCCGCCUUCCCCUUCUCCUGCCCCUCCCCGCACCCCAGGCGCCCACGGCCCUGUCCCCACCGCACCUGGCCGGGCCCUGCCCCCCCCCUCCUCCCCCGCCCCCACUCCUCCCCCGCCCCUCCCCGCGGACCGGCUGCCCUUCGCCCCUGCUCGGAGAUGCCUUACUCCAGGGAAGCCCGAGAGAGCCGCCGAAGCGGGCGGUGAGCCGUGGCGGAAGGUGCGGGGGGCCCCGUCUGCCUCCGGGACUCUCGUUUCUAGACGACAGCCCACCCCACGCUGGCGACGGGGAGCCGGCGACACCCCUUCUGUCGAGCCGCAACUUUUUUCUUAUCGUCCUUGUUUUGCUACUAAGAUGAUUUCAGAAUCGCAGUCUAUUUUUUCAACGGGAACUCCCACCGCCAAGAAUCCAGAACCUAUUUUUGACUUCGAGAGACUCACUUUUGUCGAUGGCUCCGCCCAAGGCGACGGUGGCAGUAUUUUCCGCGCGACGAAGCAUCUGCCGGCCCCGGGAGCCCCUCGGAGGGUGGGCGUCUCCAGGCAGGUCUCUCUGGGCCACGGGCAGUGGUCUCAGCGUGUCCUCCCCCCCCCCCCCCCCCCAGCCACCAAGGGCAGGAGGGAGUGUGGCCCCAGGUGAUGCUGGCCGAGGGGCCGCCAGCAAGUGGGCGGGGCUCCGAGUGCAGGACCACCCGGCCUUGCCUGCCCCCCUCCCUCGUGGCGUCACCUGCUGUGUAGCAGCUGGGGCCCUGGGAUUGAGCAGAGACACGUCUGGCCUCCUGGGGGGGGGUGGGGGGCGAGAGAGGUGCCGCCAGGCGGGGGGGCUCCCGGACAGAGCACCAUGGGCCGUGCGGUGGCCCCCACUCAGAGGAAGGGGGGAGUGAGCCGAGGGGCAGCCUCGCGGAGGAGACCCGUGGAAGGGUUUGGGGAGGGCGGGCCGCCAAGUUGGGGGGCGCUGGGGGUAUUCCUUCGGACCUACCUCAGGGAAGUGGUGGCCUCAGGGGGCUGACCGACGUGGGCAAGCACUUUGCGGCACGCCUGGUACAGAGUCAAAGCCCAGAAAAUAAAGGUAGCUAAUAUUAUAAUAAUAUUUUUAUUAGAACGUUCUGAUUAUAAAAAUAAAACUUGUUUUCUUUAAAGAAAAA